GAGUCACACCCCUUCAAAAUCACUAUUAAUUAUCUUUUUUUUUACUUUUAAUUUUCAAUUUUUUUGAUAUUUAUAUUAUAAUACAUAAAAUUAGCAGAUCUAAGAUAAAUAUUUUUUAUCAAUAAAAUUUUGUGUCUAGAUUUAAAUUCGAAACCUCGUAUCAAAGGAGGCAUCCUUUUGGUGGUCAAUAUUUUUUCUUGUCUGUUAUUUUUGUUGUGUAUGAACUUAGUGAUUGGAUAAUUUUUUGUCAAAUAAACUAUUUGCUGAUUUAUUUGUAGUCUAUAUACACACAAAUAUACCUAUUAUAUAUACAUAACACACACACAUUGAGGAAAAAGGUGAUUUGUUGGGAGGAAGACUCCAAAAGGCAGCAUCACUGUACUUUAUUUUGGGCCACAAGAUUUGGAGAAGGCAAUCAAAGGGAGCAAGCUCCUUCAUUGGAAUUUUGAAAGUGAUUUGAUAGAUAAUUUUGCACAAUUUUGGAAGCCAGAUCAAGAUACACGUGAAGGCACCGUGUGGAGUAGGGAUUUGAAUUGAAACACGGUUCCUAGGCCUACGGGGGUGCCAGAUUUACGGUUCUAUGAUCAUGUUCUUGUUAUAUGAGUACAUGGUGAAGGAUUUUAGUGAGGGAUAAGAAGCUACGAUAUAUGGAGAAUUCGCGCGAGUUUCUAAGCAAUGGAAAACCAGCUGAUCCUGGUCUUCAAAUUAUAAGGCACCCCUCUUACCAAUCUUGUGGGAAAUUAUCGUUAUCUUGGUUUGAUAUUAGAGUAUUUUACAUCAGAAUCAGCAAUUUUAUGGUCGAUGAUUCAACCCCAGAAAGUCUUACGCUUAACCAUAUCCCUCUAAGCCCCGAUACACUGCUAGAAGUUAAUGGUAAAAGAUGUUCAGUGUACUCAGAAGGAGCCUCUUGCUUUCUUCGAAGGGACCGUGUUGAUAAGAAAGCUGAAGAAGCUACAUUUGUGAGCACAGAUAGUAUAAGAUUGACUGGGAGUGUGAACUUUGAGGUUUCAUAUAAAGAUGAUCUUUUUCUCUCUGGGACUUUGGAGAUGGCCAACAUCAAUGAUUCUCAAAACUGUCUUAGGAGAUGGAGCAUGAACUGUGAAUCAGUUAUGAGUGCUGGCACGGGAUUUCUGAAAGGAAAACAUAUUGUGGGUUCUGAAUCAUUGUCACCGACAAUUGAAGUCUAUGUUACCGGUUGCUUCUCUGGGACACCUAUCAUCUUAACUAAGACUUUGCAGCUAAAUCACAGGAAGAAGCACCAUAGAAAGGGUAUGUUAGACUCCAUUCCGGAGCAUGACACAUCUGAACAGCAUAAAGAAGUCUCAUCUGAACAUGAUCUGCAGGUAACAGAAUACAACAGAAACUACAAACCAGAAAGCGAAGAAGACUACAACAUGUACUGGGGAAGAACAGAACUUAUGGAUGGUGAAGACGGAGAAAUGUCCUGGUUCAAUGCUGGGGUUCGAGUUGGUGUUGGGAUUGGCCUUGGCAUUUGUGUAGGAGUUGGAGUAGGAGUUGGUUUAUUAGUCCGUACUACACGAAACUUAAGAAGGCGCCUUAUGUAAUUACAUAGCAUACAUAUAAAGGCUAACAAUAGAGAGAUACUGUUUUUAAGAAUAUAUUGUAAUUUUGAGACAUUUUCGACGUUUCUAACCAUUUUCUUUUUCAUGUGUAAUCUGUUUGCUGCAUUUUUUGUGGUGAGUUGCUAAAGCUGUAUGGACAUGUUUUUAGGUAAUAUUAUAUCAUGUUGAGAUUGUUAUUUAAUGUGUAAA